GGCAAACUUUUUUUAAACUUUGCAAGUGACAUGUUUUUAGGCUAGAUUUUGUGGAAACCAUACUUUCGGUUGGCACUGGGCUUGAGAUUCCGGGUCGUUGCGGAGAUACGGAGGACAGCUUGAUGGUGUCCAGUCCAUUUGCCAGUAGUCCCAAUGCCUUUCCUCCCUCUGUUUGCGGAAUUCUUUCUGGACAACAUAUGUACUUCGAAAGUGGCGACACUGGACAAGAUGCUGGCAGUGUGACCGUUGAAAAGAAUGCCGCCAAUUUUGGUCGCAGAUUCAAGAUCAAAGUGACGUAUAUUGAGGAAUGCAACCCACUCAGACCACCUAGUGGAUGCACACAAUUCUUCACAGGAACGUCGUCCACCAUUCAAUCGUAUAACUACGAAGGACGACAACUCUUGGAAAACCAGCUUUACUCGAAUUGCAUACGACAGGAAGAGGGGUUUUGCUCUUACACCGUUACCGAAUCUCAAGAAGGGUCGUUUCGAUUGUCGAAUUCAAAGUUUGGCCAAAUCAAUUGUAAAAAUCGGCCGUAUCUUCUGAUUCCUCGGCCUCAUUUAUUAUUCGCCAAGAAGAAGGGUGGAGAAGGCAACAACUCUGAUAUGAAUUGUGGUUCUCGGUUGGCAGAAGCCACAGGUGCCACGAUGCCCUCCUCAGUCACUUCGGACAGAACCACUCCUUUUGCGGUGGGCGUGCGAACGGUAACAAGUGAAGAUUUGGACAUGUUUAAGAAACCAAUUUUGAUUGACGAGGAAGGGUUUAGUGUUAAAUAUGUUCAAAACCCAUGUUAAUUUGACUUAUCACGCUAGUGGUUCUGCUCUUUAUUUCAACUAUUCAUGAGUGUUUUUACCUUGGAAAACAGGGAGCAAAUGUGACAAAUAAACGCAACCAAUGUUGACUAA